AUGGGUGAGCGCAAGGGCAUCUACUUCGGUGCCAUCGAUGCCAGCGCCGGCGAUAUGGUGCCUAGCAGCGUGCGCAAUGCCAGCGCAAAUGGCCAUAUGUCAAGCAACUUGGAGGCAGCUAUCCGCGCGGGUAAUGUGAACGUGUCAGACAACGUGGAGACGGAGGUGCUGCAGCUGUCCGAAAGUAGUCGCGCCGCCCAGGAGAAGCACGCGCAGUUGCUGCGUCGUAUCGAAGCGGAGAAGCGAGCGCGCAACAUCGCAGUGCCUACUAUUGUAGAGGAAGUGAUUCGGCGGCUGCGGCAGCUUGGUGAACCCAUCACAUUGUUCGGAGAGAGGCCGGCGGAUCGACGCGAGCGACUGCGCGAGAUUUUGUCGCGACUGGAGCUAGAAGCGGAGGAAACGGGCUUCGUACACGAGGUUCUAGCAGAUAUUCAGAGACAGGAUGCCGGUGCAGGUGCAGCAGGAGCAGAGGGCGCCGCACGAAAGGCGACGAAGCCUCAGGAGGACCAGUUGUUCUACGUGCCUAUUAAGAACGAGGCCCUUAAGGGUGUCCGUGCCACGAUCUUUGCACAUACUGCAAGUGUUGUCGGCACUCGACUAAAACGAGAGCGACAAGAGCAACGCAUGAGUUUGGAGGAGCGUGCGCGGACAAUAGACCACCACGCUGCGGAGCUCUACGCUACGGCUCUGAAAAUGGCCAACGUUGCGAGUCAGAAUGGCGACGUGCGUCCUCUUGCUAGUGUGCGAUAUUCGGCGGAUGGUGCUCAUGUGGCUACGGGAUCGUGGAGUAGCCUCGUCAAGAUUUGGGACGCGACGAAUGCUAAUGAGGUUAAGGUGUUCCGUGGACACGAAGAUCGUGUAACUGGAGUUGCGUGGCAUCCGACGAGCGCAUUUUCUGAGAUGACGGAUGGAGCUGAUUCCGUGUGUCUGUGCAGUGGCUCUGCUGAUGGUACUGCACGGCUCUGGAGUGCCGCUCGUAACGAGUCUUUGGCCGUUCUACAAGGCCACAAGGCGAGACUGGGUAAGGUUGCUUUCCACCCGCUGGGCAACUAUCUUGGUACCACAAGUUUCGACCACACAUGGCGGCUUUGGGACGUUGCAACAGCGCAGGAGCUACUGCUACAGGAAGGCCACUACAGGGAGGUGUACGCCAUUGCGUUCCAGAAGGACGGUGCGCUGGCAGCAACAGGUGAUUUGAACGGUAAUGGACGAAUUUGGGACCUCCGUUCGGGCAAGGCCAUACUGCCGUUGCAGGGCCACUCCAAGCAGAUUUUGUCGAUGGACUUUGCUGUCAACGGCGUGCAGUUAGCAUCGGGUAGUGAUGACCGCAGCGUUCGGAUCUGGGACUUGCGACAGCAGAAGUGCUCGUACAUGGUCCCGGCGCAUAGCAACUUGGUGAGCGACGUGCGGUUCUCUCCUGGGUCUGGAGAAUUGUUACUGAGUGCGUCAUACGACUCGACCAUCAAGCUUUGGAGAACGCGCGACUGGAAGUUGAUGACCACGCUGCGCGGACAUGACGGUAAGGUGAUGUCUGCCGACUUCGCUCCAGACGAGAAGCACAUAGUCACGUGCGGAUUCGAUCGCACAUUCAAGCUCUGGGCCCACGAGAACGAAUUCUAA